AUGACUACUACCACAGUCACCAUUGGCACCACUACUGUCACGAAGAACUUUACAGUGACGAUCGAUCAACGCACGUUGCCCACCACGUGCAUCUCGAACUCCAACUCUACAACAAUCAACCUCUCAGCGCGUUCUCUCACUUGCACAAACCUGAAACUACAUACCGCAUUCCUCUGGGUCAUGAUGAAGAACCCCUUCGACUUCUGCGCUUACUACCUGACUGCCAACCGCAACACAUCUCCCUUGCCAGAGGUGAGUGCCAGCACUCUAAAAGAUACUUGCAGCUGUCUGGUUACCCACAAGAGUGCACCAUUACCUUUGUUCAAGGUCGGAUCUUCCUAUUCGCCGAAGCCCAAGAAACAGUGCAAUAUGUCGGUGGCUUCACUGAUUGAGGCGAAGUUCAAGGAACCGGAGGCGUUUUGCAAGUACUACACUAGUACUUCGAGGAGCAUUUCACCGUUCUCGAUGCUUAAGCCUGGCGACGUGUUUGCCGGAUGCAGUUGUCUAAUUUAA